GUGAUAUGUAUAUUAUGUAAAUGUAACCCUAGUUGAUUGACUCUUCGUAUGCCUAGUGUUUGUGAAUCUACGGUUUAAUUUUGUUUUGAAGAUUGUUUAGUGAGUAGAGGUUGUAUGGUAGGAUGUCGACACCGGCUAGGAAGCGAUUGAUGAGGGAUUUCAAGCGGUUGCAGCAGGACCCUCCGGCUGGCAUCAGUGGCGCACCUUGUGAUAAUAAUAUUAUGCUCUGGAAUGCUGUUAUAUUUGGUCCAGAUGAUACUCCUUGGGAUGGAGGGACGUUUAAGUUGACUCUUCAAUUUAUGGAAGAUUACCCAAAUAAACCACCAACAGUGCGAUUUAUAUCUAGAAUGUUUCAUCCAAAUAUUUAUGCUGAUGGAAGUAUUUGCUUGGAUAUUCUACAAAAUCAAUGGAGUCCGAUAUAUGACGUAGCUGCAAUACUUACUUCUAUCCAGUCUCUGCUCUGCGAUCCAAAUCCUAACUCACCAGCCAAUUCUGAAGCUGCACGGAUGUUUAGCGAAAACAAACGUGAAUACAAUAGGAAAGUGCGUGAAAUUGUUGAGCAGAGUUGGAUGGCAGAUUAAAUGUUCUCUCAAAGGUUCCGUAACCAGAGAUUGCAAUUGUGAGCUCAGGUAGGUAUGGAACAAUCUUAAAGUUCAGUGUUCAAUUCUUUUCCUUCUGAUGCAAGAAAUGCAGGAGUUGAUCAUCAAUACUUCUUUGUGAUGGUUGUUGUACAAUGGGAGCUUGAAUAUUUAGAAUUUUAAUGGUUAAGCGUGCAUAUGUACGCCGCCACUAUUUCUGCUUUACGUGACCUGCCUCGUUCAAGUUCCUUAUGGGUUUAUAUAUAUUCAUCUGUGCUGAUAUAUUUUUUUUCCCCUCAUUUUUCAUUCGUAAAAAGAAUAUCAGUGAAAAUACAGAUUGUGGUUGUGAACAUCCAGGCUGGCAUCAUGGGUUGAUGAGUAUUUUAGCCUGGACCCUGUUUAAUUAAGUUGCAUUUGUGUCAACGACGCUGGAUUAUAUAUAUAUAUUGAGAUUGUUGUA